GUUUUGUUUAGGAACUGUCCAUGUUAUAUAUAUGAAGCUUGGAAGUGGUUAUGUGUCGCGUGGAGCUUGUGUUGUGAUUUAACAGAUUUGGUUGAAAAUGGCUGCUUCAGUUAUUCCACAGUCCCCCAACUCCCCACUGCACAGUAUUUCUCCACUGAGUAAAUCGUUCCCUCAAAUCCCAAGCCCUAGACCAAGACGACAUGGUGGACGAGAAAGGAGUCAUUGGAAUACAGCCAGUUUAACUGGGGAUGACUGGAGCUCUUACAGUCUAUCUUCUGUUGCCAGCCACAACUUCGGCCGAUCUCCACUGGAAACUGCUAGUGGUAUACCGACUCCAGAUGAUACCAUUCAGUCCCUGCCUUCCUAUGUGCGGAGCUCAAAUAGAGCUGUUCUCACAAUCAGUCUUAAGACCAGACAGGUCUUGAUGGCUAAUGAUAAAGCUUGUAGAUUGUUUGGAUACAGUAGUCCUGAGCUGAUUGGUAUGAAUCUGGCCAGCCUGAUUCCUGCUUCCAGUCACAGAGUUUCUGAGACCGUAGAGGAGGAUUUUAUAGAAGCCGAUAUACUUUCACGAGUUCCCGGGGAAUUGGUUGAAGCAGUAAGACAAGGAGGAGAGAUAAUUACAUUGUGUCUGUGGAUACGAAGAGUGAUGAGCCAGUGUCUUCUAUUCUUAGAGACUGUACAGAAAAUCACAGCUAGUGUGUCAUUUCAGCAGGAUGGAAAAAUUGUCUCUUGUGAUUCUGUUUGUGCACGGCUUUAUGGCUACUUGGACCCUGAAGAGCUUAUAGGGCAACACAUCACAGACCUGCUACCUUCAAUUUAUAUUCCACUUCCUGGAAAAGAAAUACCACAGAAUAUGAGACAGCAGAGAGUGGUUGGUAUAACACGUGAUGGAGCUACUUUUCCUCUAAGUCUUACUUUAAAAUUAAGUGAUGUGGAUGUAUCCCCCUUGCCAUUGGAAGAAUACACGGCAAGCGUCAGCAUUCUAUCCUCUAUCAGUGGGCGCAUUACAUUAUAUCCUGAUGGCACUAUCCAUGACUUGAAUGGAAGUUUGUCACGCUGUUUGUUUGGUUAUGAGAGGACACAAUUGUUGGAGAAGAGUAUUACCUUCUUGAUCCCUGGAUUCUUCCACUACAUGCAAAGUGCCAUGGAUGAGCCAUCUCCUCUGCUAAGCUCUGAAGAGGUGAAACUUGAGUUAUGUGCCGUGACCAGCAGUGAUGAUAAAGCUCUAGGGAAGCAUUUAAACCAAGAAACAUUUCAUGACCAGCUUAAGCAACCACAUGCGUGUUGUCUGGUACUGACUCCUCCAACACCAUCUGCAAGCGCUGUGAUCAGCCAGCCUAAAGCUUCUUCCAUAACUUCUGCAGAGCGUUGUAUCCCAAAUGUGCCUGCAUGUUGCCUCUCCCCUGGGACCCCAACACAAGAUGAGCAGUGGAAAAGGGCCCCUUCAUUGGGACCAUACAUACCACAUGAUAAUGAACCAGAUAUAGCACCUCUGAGCCACUGCUUUAGAUCAUUGAACUUGAUUGGAAGCCAUGAGGAGGAGAAUACAUUUCAUGACAACAAACUCACAGAACAGAUAUCUGUCAAGAGCCUCAUCUCCCCAUUGACACCUCCAUGCACUUCCACCAAGAACAAAGUGCAGCGUCCUUUGUCUUUGAAUGUUUCAUUUCCAAUCACGGAGCAAGUCAGCCCUUUACCUGCACCCAGGACAAUGAAUUCUGGUCCCCUUUCCACAAAUGAUGGAACAGUUUUCCUCAAAUCUGAAUCUCCAGAUCAAACCACACCCGCACAUGGCAGCUCACCUAUGCAGCCAUGUCCUCUUCCCUUAUUGCAAAGUAGUCCAGUUACUGACACAGUACAGGUUAUCCAUACACCUAGCAGCUUGGCUCUAAACAUCCUACCUGCACCUGUCCCUGUGGAUUUGAGUACACUACCUGCACAGUCUGUAGCUAAAAACAUAAUCCACAACACAGUGUGUACUUCCUGUUCUCUUGAAAUCACAGAUCGGAAUGCAGAUCUUGCACCUAUUACUGCUGGUGAUCCUUUCCCAAGCGUAUCACUAACUCGGCCUUCCACAGACACACAGUUGGAGUUACAUUUAAAAGGGGGAGACAAAUAUAAUAGAAACGGUUCUAACUCAUUGUCUGCAGAGAGAGGAGACAUAUUGUCAAGAGAAGUCCUUUCUCCAGUCACCUCUACCCCUGUUAAGGAUGAGCUUAUCCUUUCCCUUGAGUUGACAACCUGUGCCAUGACCAGCGUUGUCAGUAGAAAGGAGUUGCAGGCACCGAACAUGGCGGUUGAAAUACAAGAAGGAUUAUUUGCAGGAAGUUGUUACCACAGGGAUGGCUCAAGACUUUAUGUCCGUUUUGAGGUGCAGAAAGCUUCCCUGACCACUUCCCCCUUGUUCAAUGUCUGGGUAUUUAAAGAUCUGAUGCAGAGUCAGAGAGAAGCAAUAGCCAGGACACGUCUUCUGCUCUCUAGUUUAGCAAGCUCUUCACAGUCACUUCUGGAGCAGUCUGAGCGCAGUCUUGGAGAGCUAAUCCGUAGCAGUGCAGGUGCUGGCUACUGCACAGAAUUAGAAGAUCUGAAUACUCUUGGAGCCUGUGAUGGGCAGUAUGCCCAGGAAUAUCAGACUAUAUCCCCUCUAGGAAAAGGAGCCUUUGGCUUUGUGUGGUCAGCAAGAUGUAAGCAAGAUGCUAAAGAGGUUGUAGUAAAAUUUAUUAGCAAGGAUCGAGUGUUGGAUGACUUCUGGGUUCAAGAUCCUGAGCUUGGGAGGGUCACACAGGAAAUUUCCAUCUUGUCCAGAUUAGAGCAUCCCAAUAUUAUCAAGGUUUUGGGGAUAUUUGAGAAUGACACUUUCUUUCAGCUUGUGAUGGAGCUCCAUGGGGAAGCUCUUGAUCUCUUUGACUUUAUUGAUCAUCAGCCUAAUCUGGAUGAACCACUUGCCAGUUAUAUCUUUCGACAGUUGGUAUCAGCUGUGGGCUAUCUGCACAGUCACAGUAUUCUGCACCGGGACAUUAAGGAUGAGAACAUUAUUAUUGCACCAGACUUUACUAUUAAGCUUGUUGACUUUGGAUCUGCUGCCCAUUUACAGAAAGGAAAACUGUUUUGUACUUUCUGCGGCACUACUGAAUACUGUGCGCCUGAAGUGCUGCUUGGAAAUCCAUACCCUGGUCCAGAACUGGAGAUGUGGUCCCUUGGUGUGACUUUAUACACCCUGAUUUUUGGUGAGAAUCCUUUUUGUGAGGUUGAAGAGAUCCUGGAAGCAGAAAUAAAUCCUCCAUUCAGUGUCACACAAGAACUACAAACUCUUAUAUCUGGUCUACUUCAAAGUGAUCCCCAGACACGCAUGACUUUGGAUGAGCUUGUUCGAGAUUCCUGGGUGACGCAGCCUAUAAACCUUGCAGAAUAUACAUGGGAGGAGGUGUACCCACCUGCAAGCCUACAGAAAGGGGAAGAAGACGCUAACCAGUGCCCAUUCAGUUAUAGCACUGAUUGGAAUGUAGAGAAUCGGACAGAGUGACAGUUGGUUCAUUAGCAGAUGUUAACUUUAUGAAGAAGCAGUAUCGAGCUGUAAUACGUACACAAGAAUAAAGAGUGAAGUAAACAGUAUCUCUGCAUGAUGGUACAUGCAGUUCAGCACGGCAUCUAGAUCGUAUCUCCUCUACCAGGAUUGUCAUUCUUAAGCUAUGCCUUUACUAACUAAUGAAACUAGUUGUAAUUCACUACAGCAGCAGUGAGCUUUUGAGAACCCCUAUGGAAAAGUGUUUCAUACUUCAAUCGGUUUCAUCAUAACUGAUAUGGAGACCAAUUCAGUCUCAAAAACCUAUACCUGCAAAACACAUGCUUUGUAAUUGACUCCUGUUAGCAUUUCUAGCAUUGCCAAUAAUUUUGAAAAUGACUGUUCACAACGAAGUGCAGCUUUCUGAUAAUUAGCAAAUAUGUAAUAUUGUAUUCAUGUUAUGUCAGUCAAUAUGGUGCUCAGACUACAAGCCUGCAGGUGUACCUGUUCCAUUCACUCCUCAUAUCUCAGGACCAUAGCACCCGUUUUACACAUGUGGCAUACUCCAUGUAGUGGUGUAUCCAUACCAGAUAGAUUAGGAUGCUCAAACUUGCUAUACAUGUGCUUUGUAUAAUGUUUUUUAAAAUGACAAUAUGCAGCAAGCGCUACGCAAACUACUGGAGUUCUCUAUGCGAAAUGGCAAUCAUGUAAGACAUUUGUAAGGAAUCAAAUCUGUUAAACCCUGAUUCAGUGGACUGUAUAUGUUUUGAGAACUGUUCCUGGGACUCUCCUUUCUAGUUAAGUAUUAAGCUGUUGUGUUGAAGGUUCACAGUGGAAUUGAUAUGAAGCCGUUUUGUUUUUUAGCAACAUUGUUCUUUUUUUUUUAUCUAUUUCAGCUAUCAGAGUUUGUUACUUUUCUAUAUGUGUUGUUUUUUUAAUGUCAGCUGCUAAUGAAGGUUAUUUAUAAGUUAUUAACUGAUUUAUUGUAUCUGGACUGUAAAAUUUUUAAUACUGCUGUUAAAAUUGGUGACAAUGAA